UCGAGUGCGGGAGCGCGCGCCGCGCCGAAAUUAGGUUAAUUAUUUAGCACUGCCAGUCUGGGGACUUCUAAUGGCGCUAGACAGCAUUUAAAAGUUUUACUUAAUGAUAAAGUAUGUUUAAUUGCUGCUAAUGUCUUAGGGAUCAAGGGUACCUAGUGGAUGAGAGAGAGAGAAAACUUGUGAGGUAAGACGUGACACCGGCCUCCCCUGCUCAAGCAUCAGGGUAAUAUUUCUCCCGAGUUACAGUGCUGGCGCCAUUUGCUGACCAGAACAUUCAUUUUCCAGCCAGGUGGACCUGAGUGGCUUCCUUGUCCUCUGCACUGCUGUGCUCCCUGGGAGGCUUUCCAGAGACUCUUGUGUGACCUUGGAGGAGGUUCUGAGAGAGAAAGACAAGACUAUUCAGUCACUUACUGAUCUCCACCUGAGAAAAGGUUCAGUGAGACAGAAAACAGCAACAUGAGCCGGAGUGUCGGUGACGGAAGAUGCGUCAGUGCCAGUUCCCUCCACAGGGAUCUCAUCAAUCUCGUGACCUGGGCACAUGCUCAUGGGACCAUAUGUAAUCAAAUCCCAGCCUUGGAAAUGGUGCAGAACAUGGAUCAUCCUAACAGGGACAAUCCUGUUCUGUGGAUAUGUGGAGCUGGACAUGCCUAUCACUGGCAGUGUGGAAAAUUAGACCCGAGAAGCAGAGAAGAGAAUGAAGCUGUAGAAAAGAGAAAGUGGUUGGUAUCUUCUGAGGCAUCAUCAAGUGAAGCUAGUUUAAAUGAAAAGAGGUGCAGGAUGGCCCCAUCAUUUGAGGGGGCUAAAGCAGACAUCAUUAGCACAGGAUCAUGUAGCAGAUCUCCAGACAUUACUCAGCAGAAAGACAACAGGGCCUACAUAAGGAAUCAUGAACCAUCACCCAGAGAAAAUGGAAAAAACAGCAAAUCCAUGAACUCGUGCUUUGCAGUGGAGCAGCAUCUGUCAGUGCCUGGUGGAAAAGUCAAAACUGACAGAAAGAGGGUGAAACAAGAAGACAAUGAAGUUCCACAAAUCAUCUCUGAUGAAGAACAGUGCAUAUCAGAUGAAAAUGACCCAGGAGACACAACCAACCAGAAUAUUCUGUCAGAACCAUUAAUUAAAGAUGUAAAUGCUGAGGAGGAAUUGCAAAUGCAGUGCAGUCAGAUGAUGGCAUUUAACAAGCUGACAGCCACCCAAGCAUCUGGCUUUGCCCCCACAAGAAGGUCACCCCUAACACUUGCCUGCAGUCCAAAAUCCCCCGUCAGUGACCAGGAGAGCCUGAACAGCAGCUUCUUGAGGUCAGGUCCUCUUAAUCCUGCGGGGUCCCCAACUGCAACUUGUAGAGAAAGGAAUUCCUCUGGCUCCGCAAUACCAAAACAACAUCUAGAAUCUGUUCCUGGCUCCAACAUUGAAGAAAAGGCCGAACCUGAGUCACUCACCUCUGUGACAUACUUGGACACGCUGCACCUCAAGUGUGGCACACCAGAAAUGGGCUUAAGUGGGAAUGUUACUGAAAACUCUAUUGAAGAGAGAGAACCCUCAGGAUCUGGGCAUCCUUCAGCCUCACUGAGUCCAGAGAGCAAGAGCACAAACCAUUCACCUGCAUCUUCAAACCAAUAUGUAUUAAAGACGUGGGAGAAAAGGAGAAGGUGUAACACUUAUCGGGUAAAAGUUUUCAAAGACUGGCUGGCUUCUCAUUGCCCCACUGAAACACGUGAGAUCUGUCAGCUGCCACCCGAAGACCUGGAUCAUUACCUGGCCUCCUUCUACAGUUCUGCAAAGAAACAGAAUGGCAGAGAUUUUUCUGCCACUUCUUUGCACUUCUUCCAAACCAGCGUGGAGCAAUACCUCAAGGACCACAAUUACAAGUGCAGUGUGAUUAAAGGACUGGAAUUCAGAGCAUCUCAGGAAGCCUUGAAAUUAAAGCAACAUCAGCUAACUCAGAAAGAGAGAGAGGGAGAGUGGAGUAUUUUGGAGAACUUGACAGAUGAAGAUAUGGCAAGUCUUCGUAAGGGUGGACUUUUAAGUAAGAUGCACCCUGAGUCCUAUUUGCACCUCAUUUUCAUCAAUAUAAUUAGGGCAUUUGGGGCAAGAACGCACAGGCAGAGCCGUAAUCUGUACUGGGGGCAGCUUGUGCUGCAAAAGAGCCAGGGAGAGCUGGAGUACUUGGAGUGGAUAGAUGAGCUGAAGGAAGAAAAAAGUACAGGGAACUCAGGUCCACGCCUCUUUGCCAAGCCUGACAAUCCGAGCGACUGCCCCGUGGAGGAUUACAAGAGGUACGCCAGGAGGAGACCACCAGACAUGCUCCACAGCUGGGACCCCCUGUAUCUGGUUCCUAAACCUCUAUUCUCCUGGUGGGAUCACGUGUGGUACAGCAGAAAGUCACUCACCAAAGCCAAAAUAGAAAAGAUGCUGAAAGCUGUUAUCCAGCAAAUCAAAAUGCCUAGAAUAAAAUCCAAGGACUAAAGGGAUACAUGUAGUUCCUCCUACGCCACUUUUUGGUAGGAUUGUUUUCCAAAGCAAUCUUGGAAAGGUUUGAGUAGCAAUAAAGGUUGAAAGCUGGGUAAUAACUUCCAACAUUUUCUCAACAAGG